AUCCUCAAAAAAUUGGGGUGCAGGCGUCCUGCCACAUGACUUGACCUACCAGCUACCAUGCUCUCAACUGCUCCGCAGGCGUCCAGCCACCGUCGUUCAGAAUGUCCUCUUCACACAUUUGGUGAGUUCAAAAUCCACAAUGUUUUUGCUGGCAAUUGUAGAAGUGUGGCCAAGUAUAGGUAUCUUCAUCCUGCCAAGCUCCAGCAACAAAGGCUACCUGCUAUCAUACUUUCGCGGUUCAAUUUGGUCUCUGGAAUCUGGAGGGCGCAGAUGGCCAAGUCCUUCCUCCUAAACACCGGUGCUGCUAUCCCAUCGGUUGGCCUUGGAACAUGGCAAAUAUCACCAGCUGUUGUCGAAGAUGCCAUUCGUGCAGCUCUCCAGGCAGGUUAUCAUCAUAUUGAUUGUUCUCCACAAUAUGGUAAUCAGAAAGAGGUUGGUUUUGCCCUGAGGAAACUAUUUGAGGAGGGUAUACUUAAACGUGAAGAUCUAUUCAUCACUUCUAAACUGUGGUGCACUGAUCAUGAUCCAGAAGAUGUUCCAGAGGCGAUUGAUAACACACUACAGCAUCUGCAGCUUGAUUACUUAGAUCUUUACCUAGUCCAUGGUCCAGUUCGUGCGAAGAAAGGAACUAGGCUGAGCACCGAAAACAUCCUCAAGCCCGACAUCCCUGCUACGUGGAAAGCAAUGGAGAGACUGUACGACUCAGGCAAAGCUCGUGCCAUUGGCGUGAGCAAUUUCUCCUGCAAGAAGCUGGAGGACUUGCUCGCGGUCGCACGUGUGCCACCAGCAGUCAACCAGGUGGAGUGCCACCCGGUUUGGCAACAAGACAAGCUCCGCAAGCUUUGCCGGUCCAAGGGCAUCCACUUAUCUGCAUAUGCACCACUAGGUUCGCCUGGAUCGCCAGGAAAUGACGGACCGGACGUCCUUAGCCACCCCACCUUGAUUUCCAUCGCCAAUAAGCUGCAGAAAACCCCGGCUCAGGUUGCUCUUCGCUGGGGUAUUCAGAUGGGGCAGAGCGUGCUCCCGAAGAGCGACAACGAGGCGUGGACCAGGGAGAACAUUGACCUGUUUGAUUGGUGCAUCCCUGACGAGCUGAUGGAGAAGUUCUCCGAGAUCAAGCAGGCCAGGCUUUUCAAGUACGAGUUCGUGACUCAUCCGACCAGCUUUUACAAGUCCGUGGAGGAUUUCUGGGACGGCGAAAUCUGAGGACACCAAAUGUAUAUCUCUUCUUGGUUGGAAUGUUUUGCAUACACAUAAUUGCUAGAUGGAUCAUGAAUCUUUGUCACUCACCUCGAUGUAGUGCUGAACUGUCGAUCAAAAUGAACGAAAAGUUUCCCACUUUCGUACAAA